AGUCACACAGCUGCCUGGUAGGUGACUGGAGCUGUUGAUCAGUGCUUGCUGGGAUUUUGCUGAUGUGGCCCCAACCCCGCCUCCCUCCCCACUCUGCAAUGGCAGAAGAAACUCGACAGAGCAUAUUGGCUGAGGCCAAGAAAAAGUUAAAAGAAUAUUGGCAGAGAAACAGCCCUGGUGGUCCAGCAGGAGCGAAGAAGAACAGGAAAACAAAUGGCAGUAGCCCUGAGACAGCCACUUCUGGUGGUUCCCACUCACCUGGGGAUUCAGCCACAGGUAUCGACGGAGAGGGCCCUAUGUCAUCUGCACCCCUCAAGGAUCUGGAGGUAAGAGGCUCUGGGCGGAGGGGCAGUGACCCUGCAGGCCAGCCCUCCAACCUCCUCCCACAGCAGGGACUGGGUGCCCCUCUGCCAGCUGAGACAGCCCACACACACCCCAGCCCUAAUGAUUGUUCUCUCUACCUCUCCCCCGACUCCUCCUCCACCUCCUCUUCUCUACAUGCGCCUCAGAGCCCGUCCCAAGAACUAGCAGCUGUCCUGGACUCGAGGUCCGUCAAAAUCAGUCGACUGAAUAACAUCAUCAAAUCUCUGGAACAACAGAAGAAACAAGUGGAACAUCAGCUGGAAGAAGAGAAGAAGGCAAACAAUGAGAAACAGAAAACUGAAAGGGAGCUAGAGGUUCAAAUCCAGAGAUUGAAUAGACAGAUAAAGGAACUAAAUACAGACAUGAAUCACACGAAACGUUCUCUCAGAUACUUUGAAGAAGAGUCCAAGGAUCUGGCUGGCCGCCUGCAACAAACACUGCAGUGUAUAGAAGAGUUAGAGCAGGCUCUGUCUGCUGUCCCCGCCACACAGGAGGAGAAGGAGAUCAGUUUCUCAAGCCGCAGUCAAGCACUUAUUGAGUGGCAGUUAGAGCAGUCCAUACAGGAGAAGGCACGGCUGAAAGCACAGCUGACCCAGAUGAAGGAUUCACUUAAACAAGCCCAUGUGGACAGAGAGGAAUAUGCUCAACAUCUAAAAGGAGAGAGGGCCCAGUGGCAGCAGAGGAUGAGAAAAAUGUGGCAGGAGGUUUGCACCUUGAAGAAGGAGAAGAAGGAUGACACACAUCGGGUGGAGGAGCUGAAGAGGAGCUUGUCCAAACUCAAACACCAGAUGGGUGAGAUGGGGCUGAACAACAAGAACAAGAGCGCACUGCAGUUGGAGCAGCAAGUGGAGGAGCUACAGGAGACGCUGGACGAGGAGCGCCUGGAAGCUUCCAGCCAGCAGAGCCAGGAGCUGAAUGCCCCGUUGAACCUCACGGCUCUCCCUGGGGAAGGAGAUGGAGGAGAACAUCUGGGCAGUGAGGAGGAGGAGGCACCUCAGCCCAUGCCGAGCGUCCCACAGGACCUGGAGAGCUGGGAGGCCAUGAGCGGCUGUAUGGACCACCGGGAGGAGAUGGCGGACCUGAGUGAGCUGGUGGAGAAACCCGAACUUCCAUUCAUCGAAUACUGGGGAGAGAGAUGCCAUCAGAAUGUUCAUCAGCUUCUAACAGAGGCAGGGGGCAGUGUCGAGGAUGCAGCAAUGGGAGGAGGACAUCAUCAGGCUGGUCCAGCACAGGGAGGAGAUGAAGGUAGGGUGUGCAACAUCUCUGCGGGGGUGGGG